CCGAAGGCACCGAAGGUUUCUCACAGGCGCUCAAGCAACGUGAACCUGACAAACGCACUCGUACCGCGGCAUUUAGUGCUAGCGGAAAGGCAAUUUAAAUGUUAACCCAUCUCUCGUGUGGAUGUGGUUGUACGCCGUAAAACCAGUGUAAAGCAGCGAAGUUAGCGUACAACGCCGGUGAAGAUGCCUCAAAUCAGUGUCACUCCUCUGGGUGCUGGACAGGACGUGGGACGCAGUUGUAUUCUACUCAGCAUCGGCGGCAAAAAUGUGAUGCUGGACUGCGGCAUGCACAUGGGCUUCAAUGACGAGCGACGGUUUCCAGACUUCAGCUACAUCACGCAAGAGGGUCCGCUCAACGAGCACCUAGACUGUGUCAUCAUCAGUCACUUCCACUUGGACCAUUGCGGUGCCCUGCCUUACAUGACGGAAAUGGUGGGGUAUUCGGGUCCCGUUUACAUGACGCACCCGACUAAGGCGAUCUGUCCCAUCUUGCUCGAAGACUUCCGUAAGAUCACUGUGGACCGCAAGGGCGAGACGAACUUCUUCACAUCUGCCAUGAUCCGCGACUGCAUGCGCAAGGUGGUAGCUGUGAACCUGCAUCAGGCUGUUCAAGUGGACGAUGAGCUGGAGAUAAAAGCGUACUACGCCGGACACGUAUUGGGAGCAGCAAUGUUCCGCAUUCGAGUGGGCUCCCAAUCGGUGGUCUACACCGGCGAUUACAACAUGACCCCCGACCGGCAUCUUGGUGCAGCGUGGUUGGACAAGUGCCGGCCAGACCUGCUCAUCACCGAAUCGACGUACGCCACCACUAUCCGCGACUCGAAGCGUUGCCGUGAGCGCGACUUUUUGACCAAAGUACACGACUGCAUUGAUAAAGGCGGUAAGGUGCUCAUACCUGUGUUUGCUCUGGGUCGGGCCCAGGAACUUUGCAUCCUGCUUGAAACGUACUGGGACCGCAUGAACCUUCGGGUUCCAAUCUACUUCGCCGUUGGCCUCACCGAAAAGGCUACCAACUACUACAAGAUGUUCAUCACGUGGACAAACCAGAAAAUCCGCAAGACCUUCGUGCAGCGAAACAUGUUUGACUUCAAGCACAUUAAGCCCUUCGAUCGAGCCUUCAUCGACAACCCAGGGCCCAUGGUAGUGUUUGCCACGCCUGGGAUGUUGCAUGCUGGGCUCUCGCUACAAAUAUUCAAGAAAUGGGCUCCUUUCGAAGCAAAUAUGGUCAUCAUGCCAGGAUAUUGUGUAGCUGGCACCGUGGGCCACAAGAUUCUCAGUGGCGCGCGCAAAGUAGAGCUGGAUAAUCGACAGGUUGUCGAGGUGAAGAUGUCUGUGCAGUACAUGUCCUUCAGUGCACAUGCCGACGCUAAGGGCAUUAUGCAACUCAUCCAGCAGUGCGAGCCCGCCAACGUGCUUCUCGUCCAUGGCGAAGCAGGAAAGAUGGAUUUCUUGCGCAAAAAGAUCCGGCAAGAGUUUGCCAUCGACUGCUCUAUGCCGGCUAACGGCGAGACUGUGGUCAUCGAGACGCCUGACACGGUGCCCAUUGAUGUAGCGGUGCCAUUGCUCAAGCAUGCGCUUGGCUCGGACAGCAAGCGGCCCAAGCUUAUCCAUGGAGCUCUUGUGAUGCACGAUCGCGGAGUGCGGCUACUGGACUCUAGACAGGCCAUGCAGGAACUUGGUUUGACGAGCCACCAGAUACGAUUUACCACUACUGUGGCCUCUCCAAGAGCUGCAGUGGCUGAUGCACUGUAUACCCGACUGAGGGAUCGGCUGCCAGGUGUGCAACUGCUGCCCGAUGGCUCUAUUGCUGUUGCCUCGGCAUUGGUCAAAGUUGGUGGACAAGAAGAUGAUGCGGCGAGCAGAGCAAUAUGUGUGUCGUGGACUCUGCAAGAUGAAGACCUGGGAAGCCACCUCCUCAGUCUGGUUCAGGAGAUGGCUGCAGUGUGAGGUUUCAGAUGAACAGAAACUGGCUGCAUGUGAAUCUGGUUAUCGCUGCGUGGAAGAGACCCGAUUUGAUUGUCAGAUUGUGUAUAUUUGUUGACUUUUACUUACGUAUUUAUUCUACCAGUGAUCAUGCGACUGAGUUAUUCUUGUUCCCCUUUCUUUUUAUUUCCAAUGAUAUAAUUUUCAUUGAUACGUGAGUUUGUGCAAA